AAAAUUCCAAAGUAGCACGAAAAAAACGCAUCGAUUCAAUUAUUGUUUUUUUUUCUAAUUCAAAGAUUUGGAUAAAGCGCGCGCUUAUAUUCAUCUUUUUUAAUACGUAAAAAUUUGUGUGUUUUGAAUUUUCUGUUGUUGUUGAAAACAUUUCAAAUGUAAAAUGGCAUUUGCAAUAUAUUUACGUCAUCAACGUGAUUUUCAACCUGAACAUCCACAAAUUUUGGAAAAAAAUAUUAAUGAUCCAAAUGUACGAUUUACAUUUGUUGAUUUUAUACCAGGUGUUAUUAAACCUGCUGGUUCUGUUAUGUCACAAUCAUCGGUUGAAUAUCAUUCAUUCAGUACAAUGAUUAAAGUUGCCAAUCAAUGGCUACAAAAUCAUCAUGAUGAAUGGGAAUUUAUAAAUGGUGAAACAAUAAUCAUACCAAUCAAAUAUAAUGAUCAAAAUCAAUGUUAUGAAUUAAAAACAAAUGAUUGUUGUUAUUAUAUUUAUGGUUCUGAAACGAAUAAUGUUUUACGAGCAUUUAGACUUUGGAUACGAAGACGACGACGACGACAGUUACACAAACGACAAAACAAUCAACAAAUUUGCUUCAAAGAUAUAAUACCACGAAUGAAAAAUGAUAUUACAUGUGAAUUUGAAGAUCUUGAUGAUGUUAUUAAACGUUUUAAUGAUGAAAUUAUACAGAAUAAUGGUUUUGAUGGUCGAAUUCUGGCAAUUGAAAGUGCAAGCUAUGAUGCUAAUCUUGAAUGGGAAAUUAAUACUGAACAAACAUUAUCAAUAUUAUCAACAAAAAAUCUAUUUAUAUUAAGAAUUUUUUAUGAAACAUUAAAUAAUGAUAAUCAAGAAAAAUUAUUAAUACAAAUCGGUAUUGAAGAUUUUCAUCCACGACAAUUAACAAGAUCAACAUUUUUUCGUCGUCCAAAAUUUGAAUGUUUUGAUCAGGUUAUUGAACGUGGUUCAUUAUGGUUACGACAACAAACGAAUCAACAACGACAACGACAAUUUUUAAAUGCACAAUCAUUGGAUGUUAAAAUGAAAUCCACCAAUCCAAAAAAUGGUAGCAGAUCAAUGGCAUUCACUGAACAUGGUGCCUAUAUGCGUAUAUUUCGUAUUUGUUUCUUUGAAUCAAUUGAAUCAGAAUCAUCAAUAUUACAACAGCAGCAACAACAACAGCAAUCAUCAUCACCACCACCAAUGAUUAAUCUUGGCAAUCGAUUAUUUACACCAACUAAACGAACCGAUACAAUUACCGAUAUUGUACAACAAUUACAUGAUUGGAUUAAACAUUAUACAGAAAAAUUACGAUUACGACAGAAAACAUUGGAUGAUAUGGAUGAAAUAAUGAUGAUGACUAAAGAAUCAUCAUCAUCAUCAUCACCACCAUUAAUCAACGAUGAUGUUGAUGAUGAUCGUAUAUUAUCAGCUGAAACUGUUGAAAUAUUUAUGAAAGAAUUACCAACAAAUCGUUCGGAUAUUGAACGUGCUGCAAAUGAUGAUACAUUUCUUGUCAAUCGUUUUGGUAAUAAAAAUGCUUAUCUAUUUUUUUCAUUUCGUUUAUUUUAUGAUUCAACAUUAACAAUGAUAUCGGAUUCGAUUACAAAUAUGACAAAUUUAAGUGAAACAAUGUCAACUAUUAGUAGUAAUGCAGAUUCAUCAUGGACAAUCGAUAUAUGUUCCAAUGAUAAUAAUAAUAAUGAUGAUGAUGAUGAUGACGAUAAACAAACGGAUCAAAAAUCAUUACUAUCGGAAUCGACAAUAACAACA